UUAUUCUAAAGUGCUUGAAUCAAGCAAUUAAAGCUAUCAUAAAUGAAGAAAGACUAUGUGUGCAAGUAGUAGAGCUAAAAUUUGAAUAAUUGUCUAUUACCAUAUGUUUUGGAUAAGAAAUGUGAGCAAGAAACCCCUUUUACCUCCCACCAAAAAAAAAAUAAGACCAACACCACCCAAAACAGAGAUAUCAGGAACCAAAAUGGCAGUAUGUGCAACUGCAGCAACAUCAACAUUAUCAGCCAUAGCCAUUGCCAAUACAAAUUCAAGCUUUUCCAGAAAACCAAUCUCUUCAAAAUGGAACCCAAUCAAUCAUUAUCCUUCUACUAAAUUGAGAGAUACAAGUAAUGUAAUUACAGCAUCCAUAACAGAAAAGAAAAAAACAGUAGAAAUGGGAUUAAUAGGAUUAAUGGCAGCUUCAUCAUUGUUAUUUGGGUUUCCAUCAGAAGCAGAUGCAACCAGAAUUGAAUACUAUGCUACUACUGCUGAACCUUCUUGUCAACUUAAUGUAGUUAGCUCUGGUUUAGCUUACUGUGAUCUUGUUGUUGGGUCUGGCGUUCCGGCGCCUUACAACACCCUUAUCAAUGUGCACUAUACUGCAAGGUUUGCUAAUGAGAUUAUCUUUGAUAGCAGUUAUAAACGGGGUAGACCUCUAACUAUGCGGGUUGGUGUAGGCAAAGUUAUUAAAGGAUUGGAUCAAGGGAUUUUUGGUGGUGAAGGUGUACCUCCUAUGCAAGUUGGUGGAAAACGGAAGCUUCGAAUUCCUCCUGAGUUAGCUUACGGACCAGAACCGGCUGGUUGCUUUUCAGGUGAUUGCAACAUACCAGCCAAUGAAACCCUGCUAUAUGACAUCAAUUUUGUGGGUCUGUACUCUGGAAACAGACCGCUUGGAAAAUAGAUCAAAGCGAACAUAAUCUUGCUCGAUGAUUGUAAUGAUCAUGUGUUCUUAAAUGUUAGCAAUGCAAGAAAACUGCCCCCCGGGUUGUAUUGUUUUGCCCACCUCUGAGAUAGGGAUAACUCCUUAUAUACUUGAAUCAUGAUACUACUGUAAAUUUAAGCAACCAGAAAUUUCGUAGA